CGCUAAACACUUGGUCUUGUCUCUUUGCAAAUCGAUAAAGAAGAUGUGGUUGGCGAGCAAGGCAGUCAGGUCGAGCUGCACGACAUGCAGACUCCGCGGUAUGAUUCGAGGCAUGGAGAUGGCCAGGUCGAGGCGGACGAUCAGUGCAACAUGGUCGAUGAAGACAUUAUCGUUGAUGAGGAGUGUAAAGAGCAAUGAACAGAAGAGAGGGUUUAGUCAAAGGACGAGCCACGAAGCCAACGCAUCGGGCUUCACACGACAGCAGGAAGUCGAGCUGAUCGAAACACUCUACACGCGAGGCCACAUCUCGCGAGACGAGUGGAGAGACAGCGUGUUUAUGCAAUCGGGUCUGCGAGCCGAGGGAGUGAGCAUCGAGGAAUUGGCGGGCGACAAUGCCAAGCUCGAAGCACGAGUGCGGACAUUACGCGAAUACUAUGGAGUGGCAGUGGUGCCGCAGCAACUGUUGGAAAGUGAUGAGAUCAAAGUGCACGAAAGACUCUUCGGCGAACUGCGACAGGUCGAGGCGAUUGAUGAAGAAGCCAGCGAUAUGGGACAGUUGGUAGGUAGGAGUGGGACCAGCGUGCUAGGCCAGGACGGCGAGGAGCUGGAAUUCGACGAGAACGAGGCCUUGGAGGAAGAGGAGGAUGCGCUGGCAGCAGAAAACAUGCCUUUUGGACACAUUCAAGGCCAAUCACGACCAGAAAGACUGCGGCAUGGCAACGAGAGGCUUGCAGACGACAUGCGAGCUGCAUUCGAUCCCAGUGCAUCAUCUGAAGCACUUGCCCAGCAGGACUCCGUGCUCGCUGACGAGGCUGCUGUAUACCAACGAACACAUCCCCUCACCGUCGAAGGGAGAUUUGCCACUUCCCCAUCUACCCUCGAAAUGCCCAAAGCUCCGUACCUUGAUCCAGUCACAGGCAUGCUCGCUGGCAUAUCGAAUCGUCAUCUCAUCGAUACCGCGCUUCGUGUCUUUGGAGGACCAGGCCUCCCGUACAGCACAGCUACACCCACGCGUGGGAAGUUGAUGCCGCAGAAGGCAAUUGCUCUGGAUGCGUAUCAGCCCCAAAUGUCCGAGAUCGAAGGUGAUGUCUAUCUUAGUACGCUCUACCCGGGGGUCUAUGCCAGCGUUAUGAGCGUCAUGGUCGAGACCAGGAAACGACUCGGUAGUGCUUGGGCGGAAGGUCUUGUGCGGAAAGCUGAGGCAGGCGAGUUGAGGAUCUUGGACGCCGGAGGUGGAGGUGCUGGUGUCAUUGCUGUGAGAGAAGUCAUUCGGGCAGAGUGGGAAAGGAUGCUGGGGAAAUCAGAAGAUGACUUGAAUGGUUCCACGGCACUCGCAGAAGCCGACGGAAAAGUUGGAGGAAGCGGAGUAUCCCCACCACUCGGACACGCCACUGUCCUGACCAGUUCUGAUGCGUUGCGGAACAGGGCGAGCAAGCUCUUGGAGCAGACCACAUUUGUGCCCAGACUGCCAGACUACCUCCACGCCGAGAGCGCGCCAGCCCAGGGCAAGUUCGACAUCGUGGUUGCGCCGCAUACGCUAUGGCAGCUACGAGAGGACUACAUACGCAAGAGCCAUGUUCAGAACCUCUGGUCCCUGCUUUCCACGGACGGCGGAGUUCUUAUUCUGCUAGAGAAGGGCGUUCCGCGAGGCUUUGAGAUGGUAGCUGGUGCGCGAGAUCUCCUUCUCGAACAACGCAUCUCUUCUCCAGGGUCCGAGCAUCGUCUCACCAAUCUCGAGGAGAAGCUUCCCAAUUCUGGCCGCAAUUACGAACACAUCGUAUGGGACGAUGGUGAAAGUGCAGAGGCACAAGCUGAGGCACGAGCUGAGGCAAUCGCAGCCGAAGGACCUGAUCUCGCAACACAGCCCAAAGAGACGGGCAUGAUUAUCGCGCCCUGCACAAAUCACGAAGGCUGUCCCAUGUACAUGCAAAAGGGACAUGUCAAAGGUCGCCGCGACAUCUGCGCCUUCGAACAACGCUACCAUCGCCCAGCCUUUCUCCAAAAUGUUUAUGGCACGCAAGGUCGAAACCAUGAAGAUGUUGAAUUCUCUUACAUAUCCGUCAUGCGCGGCCGUGACUUGCGUGCUUCAGCUGAAGCUACAGACCCUGAAGAUAGCCAACUGCCUCGUCCCGAACUCGUCCAGAACCAAACGGCCACAGACAACGCCUUCGCUGGCUACGAACACCACACUCCUUCAUCGUCGAGCGCGCCUCCGCAUUCCCUCUCGCUCCCUCGCGUGAUCCUUCCACCCCUCAAGCGUCAAGGCCACGUCAUCAUCGACCUCUGCACUCCCACUGGCACCCUCGAACGCUGGACCGUUCCUCGCUCCUUUUCCAAGCAAGCCUUCCGCGACGCUCGAAAGCUCAAUUGGGGAGAUUUAUGGGCGUUGGGAGCCAAAACUCGCGUUCCAAGGAACGUGAAAGCGAAACCCAGGAACCUCGGGGAUAUGGACGUGAAGCUCGCCAAGAAGGAGAAGAAAAAGCUUCAUCAGAUUGUCAAUCAGGGAGUCCCUGAUGUGGCUGUGGACGAGUUUGGGAGAAUUGUGAGCAAUUAUUCAAGGGAUAGUGGUGGUGGCAAGGGGAGAGGAGCCAUGGGCGGGAAGGCUCGAACGGGGGCGCAAGUCAGAGGAAUCAGGGAUAAGAGGGACAAGACAGGAAUGGGCAAUGGAAGGAGAAAGAAUGUGGAAAGAUGGCCGGCGGACGAUGAUAUGUAAGUAACUUGACACGUCUUGUAUCGUACAUGUAUCUACUCAAUACUGUGUGGGUGGGUAUCGAGAUGAGGACAGUGUGCACCUCUGGAAUAAACAAACUCCGCUUCGCAG